AUGUUUCCCAACCAACCCGGCCCGUAUGCUUUCCAGCAGCCCCAGCACCGCAGGUACGUGUAUCCUCAGACACGUCCCCCGCGCCACUGCCGUAACACCCCCUGACACCGCUCGAAUGCUAAUGAGUCUAGCCGCUCCCCUCCCACGAAGAGGACCAAGAGCAACGGAAUGGUCAUCACCCGCUAUCCACUGCCUCAAGGAUACCAUCCACCUGCACAGCCUCAGCAUCCUUUCCCGCAGCCGCAGGGAUGGGCACAGCAGCCUCACGUGUUCCGCUCCGGUGGAAACGUUGGAUACAUUCCACCUCCUACUCCACAACACCACCCACUUCAGCACCCAUUCGGCCGAAUGUAUCAACCACCACACCCACCACCCUCUCAUCCUCCAACCCAUCAGCCUUUGACUCCAUACCCAUCUGAAUACCACGCCGAUCCGACGUCGGGGAUCCAGUUUACGGACCCACCGGUGCCUCCGGAAGACUUUGCUGAAGUUGCAUCCCAGGAGAACGGUUUGGAGUACGAGUACCAUGGCGAGUUGAGCUAUUAUUGGGCCUAUCCGAACGAGAUAGUUCCGGAGCUUAGUCUGGGAAUCAUUGGCUGGCAUCCCGCUUGGCCCAGCAAGCGACCAUUACCCUCCCUGGUGGAAGAUGGCAAUCUUGACACAUGGGCACAGCGUGUCCUCAGACCGGAUGAGGAGACCUCCGUAUCUGACUACUGCACAACCUCCGCGAUUGGCGAGACGCUCCUGAGUGUGCGGCAUACAAGUCUAUGGGAGGAGUGCAAGGAUGAAUUGAUAUUCCGAGAAUACCCAAAUGAGUGUACCGAGUAUUUCUCGCCUAAAGCGCUGGAAUUGCACUGGCAAAAUCGACCUGACAGUAGAUGGACCGCCGAAGGAGGCCGCUCGCCAACUCCAGAGCUCUCCAGAGGACCCACGCCAGCGGUGCCAGCUGAGCCUGGCGAUUACCCUAGCGACCGAAGAACGGGCCCAUCAAGCGAUCGCGAUGCAUUGCAAGAUGCGCGACGUCAGAGUGACCCACUGGAUGUGUUUGAGGAAAUCGUCCGCGCUCAGAAGCAUACGAGUCAGCCGCCAGAUGCUUCUAGCAACCACUCUCGAAGCCAGUCGAUCUCGUCGCAGCAAUCCGAAAAGCUGACAAGACCAAAACCUCUCCCGGCAGUGCGAGAUCAAGGUCAAGAAGACAUUCUCGCUCGACUAGGAGUGACGGGAUCUCCCAAGACGGUCUAUCAAACCCCAGGACCAGCAUUUGGGCCUCCGCCUUCUAGUAAUACCAGCACACAAGCGGGCAACAGCCGCAACUCGUCCUUGGACAGUGGUAGCGAACGCCCCCAAAGCCCAGCAAAGAGGUCAUCACGAGACGCAUGGUCGACUGCGCCAGCGCCGAGAAAUAUUGGAUAUCCUCCCAUCAGACGCCCACAGCAACAACGCCGGCACGACUCGCAAAAUUCGAACCACGAUUCUGCUCGCGACAUGGAAGUGGACGAUGAUGCGACACCGAGGCCGAAGAAGACCUGGACCGGAGAGAAUCGGAAGCGGAGUUAUGCGGAUUCGCUGGCUGGAGCAGCGAGGCAUGAUGAAGACGAUGACGAGCGGACGCCGAAGCAGCGGAAGACUUCGCGGGAGGUGCCGUAUGCGGAUCGUUGGUGA